AUGGAAUCAGAUUGGGAAAGUUUGCCUGAGGAGCUUUUAGAUUUAGUUUUCAAGAGACUAGUGUUAUAUUUAGAUUCUUUACGAUUCGCUGCUGUUUGCAAGUCAUGGUAUUGGGCAUCAAAGAAUAAGCAAAUCAAUAGUGUUCCAAUGCUCUUGAUUCCUGAUAGACAAAAAAAUAUAUGGAAUUUUUGUGAUGUGACAAAUGAUAAGGUCCUCAAAAUGCAGUUAAAAUGGAUGAAGAAGCGAUUUUGUGGGUCUUCAAAAGGAUGGUUAAUAGUUUGCGAUGAUAAUUUUGUGGUGACCUUAAUAAAUCCAUCAUUCUGGGUUAAAAGAAGACAAAUGAAAAAAAAUUCAAUUAUUCGUCUACCUCCACUAAAUCCUCCAGAUGAAUGCCACAGAGAUGCUUGUGCUAAACAUUGUGAAUAUUUUGUCUACAAGGCGGCAAUUUCCGCAGAUCCAAUAUCAAAUGCAAAUGACUGCAUUGUUGUGGUAAUAUAUGGCCCAUCGUAUGAAUUGGCUUUUAUUAGACUUGGAGACAGUAAAUGGACAUACUUCGAUGGAAGUUGUUACAUUUUUGAAGAUAUUGCUCAAAUUGGAGAUAAAAAUUUAUACAUAAAGGCAUACCUUGUGGGUUCCAAUGAGGAGGAGUUAUUGUUGGUUCACCGCUAUAGUACUUUUACAUGUCAGUGUCGCGUGACAAAUGGAUUUAGACUUUUCAAAAUGGAUGAUGAUAAGUAUACGUGGAUUGAGAAAAAUGACUUAGGUGAUUUUGCUUUGUUUGUGGGUGAUAACUCUUCAAUAUCUGUCGUGGCUUCAAAAAUUCAAGGAUGUGAGUCGAAUUGCAUAUACUUCUACGAUGAUAAUGAUCUGACAAAAAGAGAUCGUUCGUUUACAGAUUUUGGGGUGUACAAUAUCAAAAGUCAAAGGAUUUUAAAGCCUGCACGUAUUAUGACCCUGAUGAAGAAGUUGAAGCAACCUCCAAUUUGGUUUUUGCCAUCAGUUUAUCUAUAA